UGUCCAUUGUCCAGUAGUUAUUGAUGUGUAUUUAUUGUUUUGGAUUAAUAAUUUCAAAUUAAAUAUUUAUUAACACCGCUUUUUGUCAAAAAUUUAAAAGAAGUAAAGUAUAAAAGUUAACGAUGUACAUAAUUACAACAAAAUGUUUAUUAUUUGUUAUGUUGACAGCAAAUACGUUAAACUCAGUGAAUUCUAUAAAUUGUUAUCAAUGCUCUGGAACUGACUCAAACGAACCUUUUGAGUGUAAUGAGUAUUUAGACACCGACACGGCCUUAAUUCCAACAGAUUGUAAUAGUAUUCAUGAUGCUCAAUAUUGCAUCAAACAUGUUGGAAGAUUUGAAGUUAAAGGUAUAGAAUGUUUCCAAUGUAAUUCUUCAUCAACAUUGGAAUGUAGUGAUGGGCUUAUGACCCUGGAUGGUGGGAUAUUGACAGCGGUUCCUUGUGAUCAUGUCUACAAUGCACAAUAUUGUAUAAAAUUAACAGGUUUGAAUGGUGGGAUAAGUACAAAGAGAUAUUGUUCUUCUUUAGAUUUAGGAAACUAUUGCAAUUAUGUCCAACAGCCUGGGGAUAAACUAGAAUACAGGACAUGCAUUCAUACAUGUAAUACCGAUGGAUGUAAUGGUGCUUCUAGCGUUCAAAGUUCUGCAAUAUUUUCAUUACUAGUUUUAAGUAUAUCCAUAUGGAUUAUAAAAGUGUAGGUAUUGUUACACUAUUUAAGAUGUUUUUUUUUGAAAUUGCGUUAGUUUUUUUAUACUACCUCUUACAAUUAUGACUUUGUAUAUUAGAAUCUAAAUGUAAUGUAACAUUCCAUUUUACAAAUGACAAUUUUUAAUAAAAUAUUUAAGUUAAA